AUGUCUUGCAGCAGAUCACAAUCACCGCCUCAGCCACCGCCUCUGUUCACAAGAGAUGCGAGCACAAUUAUUCCACACGUCAAGCGCCUGAUCACUCAGACUCGGAAAGUGCAAGAACAUAUCCUAUCGACCGUCACACCAGAAACAGCGACUUUUGCCAAUGUCAUCCUUCCUCUUGCACAUGAUCAAAACUCUGUGUCUCGAGAGCUACCUGUCCUCGGUUUCUACGAGGCGGUCUCGACGGAUCCUGGUCUCAGCGAGGCAUCGACACAGGCCAAGAAGCUUUAUGCAGAAUUCGAAAUCGAGACGAAAACUCACGAAGGUCUUUUCGACUUGGUCGAAGCAGUUGCGAAGAAGAGUGAAUCUCUGGAACCUGAGGAUCAAAGACUUCUGGAACGAUAUCACAGAGACUACCUACGCAAUGGCCUCGGCAUUUCAUUGGAAGAACGGAACCGCUUCAAGGAAAUUCAGAGCCAGCUUUUCAAACUCACAAGCGAAUUCGAAAAGAACCUCCGAGAAGAAAACGCUGGUCUCUGGUUCAAUCUCAGUGAACUAGCAGGUGUAUCCGCUGACCUGAUCUCCUCUCUCGACAAAGGCACCGACGGAAACGAAGGAAAAGUGUUGUUGACUUUUAGCUUCCUACAUCUCUUUGGGGUGUUGAAAUACGCUACGAACAGCAAGACCCGUCGGGUCUACUACACUGCAAGCGAAAACAAAUGUCCUGCAAACAUCCCUAUAUUCAAAGAGAUCAUGAUUUUGCGUCAAGAAGCUGCCGAAUUGCUUGGAUAUGCCAAUCACGCCGCUUUCAGAAUUGAAGAGAAGAUGGCCAAGACGCCUGAGACUGUGAUGAACUUCUUAGAUGAUCUAAACUCAAGACUUUCUGCUGGUGCGAAAAGAGAUGUUGAUGGCUUGAAGGAGUUGAAGAGGCAGGAUUUGGCUGAGAGAGGAGAAGAUCAGGAUGACAAAUUUUGGCUCUGGGAUUAUGCUUACUAUCAACGCAUGAUGCUUGAGACUUCGUUUUCUGUCGACAGAAAAGCGACUGCGGAGUUUUUCCCCUUGGAAACGACGGUCUCUGGUGUCAUGGAUAUCUUUUCUCAUCUUUUCGGUCUGCGAUUCGAUGAGAUUACCAUACAAGACCGAGGAACGUUCUCACCUACAGGUAUAGCUGAAGAUCUCACAUGGCACGACGACGUCCUCCUCUUCGCCGUCUGGAACGACGAACAACUCGGCUGUGGAUUUCUAGGAUACCUGUAUCUCGAUCUCCACCCGAGAUCAGGCAAAUACGGCGGCAUGUGCAACAUAAACCUCCAAUGCGGGUUCACUCACAAGACUGGCGAACGCCAUUACCCAGCAACAGCACUGCUGUGCAAUUUCACCCCCUCAACUUCCACAAAACCAAGUCUUCUCAUGCAUGAAGAAGUAGUCCUCCUCUUCCACGAACUCGGACAUGGGAUUCACGAUCUCGUCGCCCAGACAAAAUGGUCAAUCUUCCAUGGCACAGCCACAGUCGAUGAUUUUUGUGAAGCGCCAUCCCAGAUGCUAGAAUUCUGGGCCUGGGAUCCCGAUGUAUUGAGCCAGCUAAGCAAUCAUUGGAGCCAUCUCUCCCCUUCCCAUCUGCAGAAGUGGCAGAAUCAGAACUCUGGCAAAGCACAGCCGGAUAAACAUCUUUCCAGCAACAUGAUCAACGCGUUGGUCAAGAGUAAAAAUGUCAAUGGCGCGUUAUACCAAACACGCCUGCUACAUCGCAGUUUCUUCGACAUGACUGUUCAUUCUGCUACUUCUGUUGUAGCAAUACAAGAGAUGAAUAUGGCGGAACAGUGGAAUCGCCUUCAUACUUCCAUGUCUUUUUUCAAUACUCCUGAGGGAUUUGAUUGGGGUCAUGGAUAUGCGAAAUUUGAUGCUUUGGUGAGGGUUUAUGAUGCUGGGUUUUAUGGCUAUCUUUAGUAUGUGCAUCUUCCCUUUCUUCCACUUUUUCUUCGCUCGUUUGGUCUUCUUCGUUGCUCUGGUGUGCUAACAAGUUUCCAGUUCGAGGGCUUACGCGACGG